UAAACAUAAGACAGAAAAAAAGUAUAGAAACAAAACGAAAAAAAAAAGAAAAAAGAAAGAUGAAUGUAUUGGGAGUUUUGAAAAUAAAAGUUCGCAAAGGGAUUAAUCUUGCUAUUAGGGAUACUUUUUGUAGUGAUCCUUAUGUUGUCAUCACCAUGGGUGGCCAGAAAGCGAAGACUCGAGUCAUCAAAGAGAACUGCAAUCCUGUGUGGAAUGAGGAAUUGAGCCUUGCACUCUAUGAUCCUAACCUUCCCAUUAUUUUAACAGUGUAUGACAAAGAUACAUUCACAUCAGAUGACAAAAUGGGAGAUGCAAAAAUAGACAUAAAACCAUAUCUUGAUGCUAUAAACAUGGGAUUGGAAGGUCUUCCAGAUGGUGUGAAGGUUGAUAGGGUUCAACCAAACAGGGAAAAUUGCCUCUCUGAUGAAAGUUGCAUACUAUGGGAAAAUGGCAAAAUGACACAAAUCAUGCUUCUUAGAUUGCAACAUGUAGAAUGUGGUGAAGUAGAGAUUCAAAUCGAAUUGAUUAAUGCUCAAAGUGGUAGAGGUGGCAUUUACAUCUAAGACGUGCAUACCUUGUUCGUUUAGUUUUGGUACGUAAAUAAUCAUUUUUGGUAUAUAUUAACAUUGUAAUUAUAUAUUAUUGUGAGAUUACAUUGAAUAUGUUGUUAUUUGUUGUAUCGUAUUGAGUUUAUUGAGAAUAAUGUAAAAUAAUUGUUGAACUUUGUGAACUUUUUUUAUGGCGAAGAAGUCUUGUUAUGUAAGA